AUGGCUUCGUCAGACCACACUCGAGAUCCAUGCCCAUGGGUCAUUUUGAACGAUUUUGGCGUUGGUUUCGCCAUGGGCUCCAUCGGUGGUGGGAUCUGGCACGGCGUAAAGGGUGCCCGUAAUUCUCCGCGAGGUGAACGAUUAGUCGGCGCCGUGUCCUCAAUCAAAGCACGAGCACCCGUGACGGGGGGCAAUUUUGGUGUGUGGGGCGGGAUGUUUUCAACGUUUGACUGCGCCGUGAAGGGGUAUCGACAGAAGGAAGAUGCAUGGAAUGGCAUUAUCUCUGGAUUCAUGACUGGAGGUUGUCUAGCUGCUCGGAGCGGACCAAAAGCUGCAUUUGGCUCAGCGGUUGCUUGCGGCAUUCUGCUGGGGGUGUUCGAGGGUGUUGGUGUCCUGCUAAAUCGUGCGUUCAGCGAAGUGAAUCGCCAGACACUGCCGCCACUACCUGAACAGCCGCCAGCGCCAGCAAUAUCAUAAGUUGUGUAUCAUUGUUACCACCCACAAUCUCGACGCAUCCCACCUCCGAUUAAUGCUCUAUUCAACGAGACACCUGCUACUUACGUUAUUAUCAUCUUGACACUCUAUCCGCUGUAAGGGAUAUGUAUAGAGAUAUUGUGCUCUGUAGGACGCUCCGCAUUUAAUCGGCGUCGGUUCUCGUGUGAAAGCCUCUUUGGACUUUGUUCCACUGAAAGCUGGGAACGGCUCGUUCUGGUUGUACUUCGCUGCAGCGUCCUCAAACUAUGGCCAAUUGAUGACCGCACCCGACCCGGUGUGACGCCAGUGUGGUGCCCGUACAAGGGUGCACAGGCACCAGGAUUCUCCAGCCAUCUUACCCAGAUUCUGGGUAAUAUAUGUGCCAAAAAGGAUUUCAGAAAAUAAUGCCUUGAGGUUAGUCGCG